GCAUACAAGGUUAGUUCCUCAGAUGUUGUGACGCUAAAACGCGGAAGAGCAACAGAGACCUAACUCCUGUUUACGGAUUCCUUCUAAAGUUCUCGAGUUGUUUGCCGUUUCAGAAUAAAUCAGUUCGCCAAAGAGACAUAAAGCCUGCGUGGUCGAUCAUCCACGGUCAUGUGCGUUUCACGUUGAUGGCGUCCAGAUUUGCAAAUGCACGUUUCUAGUUGUUAUCAACUGUUAACAGGGUUUUUAUACUCAGCGUCAGACAAAAUGCCCUGAUGGAGAACAUCCGACCCCGGCUGAAGUUUGGAAAUAAAAUAGAUAAUGUGAAACUUAGGAAAAGAAAAUCCCACCUGUAUUCGAAGAAAGACGAAUGUCCUCUCAACAACGGCCUCAGAGUCAGACUUUUUGUAUUUUGUCUGGUGCUCAGACUGAUCAACUGCCUCCUUGUUCAGACCAGCUUUGUCCCUGAUGAGUACUGGCAGUCACUGGAAGUUUCUCAUCACAUGGUCUUCAAUUAUGGUUAUCUGACAUGGGAAUGGAAGGAGGGAAUCAGAGGCUUUUCUUAUCCACUCUUAUUUGCUGUUUUGUACAAGAUUUUGUACCUCCUAAACUAUGACUCAGUCUUGCUCCUGAAAUGGAUUCCAAGAAUCUUUCAAGCACUCCUGGCUGCGUUUGCUGAUGUGAAGUUUUUCUUCCUUGUCCGAUCAUUCGAGAGUCAAGAUGUCGCAAAAUGGACGUUCUUCUGCCAUCUGUGUUCAUGGUUUACGUGGUUCUGCUGCACUAGGACUCUAACCAACACCAUGGAAACAACCAUCACCUCUCUGGCUCUUUGUUAUUUUCCACUGGCCGGAUCCAAAACUCACAGCAGCAAAAAAUAUUUAGCUCUGGUCGCCAUGGCAGUCAUUUUUCGUCCAACUGCGCUGAUCGUCUGGUUUCCUCUGCUCAUGUACCAUUUCUGGAAGGAGGACAACAAACAGAGACUCAUCACUCAUAGUUACAUUCCAUUAGGGGUGUCAGCUGUUAUGAUUUCAACCACUAUUGACUGUAUUUUUUAUGGAAAGUGGACCAUGGUGCAGUUCAACUUCUUAAAGUUCAACAUUUUCCAUGGAGUGGCAGAUUUCUACGGCUCCCACCCCUGGCACUGGUACUUCACACAGGGGUUUGCAGUGGUGAUGGGUCCUCAUCUUCCUUUCUUUCUACAUGGAAGCGUCCUCGCCAUCAAAAAACACAAGAUCCUGUUGGCAACUGUUGUCUGGACCGUUGUGGUCUACAGUUUUCUUCCUCACAAAGAGUUCAGGUUCAUUUAUCCUGUGCUGCCUUUCUGUAUGGUCUUCUGUGGAGCAUCACUGGCAAAUCUGAAAGCGUGGCGUCGACCUGCAGCUCUGUUCUUGAUAGUGACCAACCUAGGUCUGGCUCUGUACACUGGCCUGGUCCAUCAACGAGGUUCUUUGGAUGUCAUGGACCACCUGCAGAUUCUUUGUGACAGGAGCAGCAUCCUCACACCUACACAGGCUGAUGUCCUCUUCCUCAUGCCCUGUCACUCUACGCCUUAUUACAGCCACAUCCACUGCCCCAUAAAGAUGAAGUUCCUCGAGUGUCCUCCAGAUCUUGGACAAGAAGGCUACGUGGAUGAAGCGAAGACGUUCUUCACCGAGCCUCUUCACUGGCUCACCGUCACAUUUUCAAACCAAUCUUCUCUGCCCACCCAUCUGAUUCUCUUUGAUGUUUUGGAAGAGAAAAUCUCAACAUUUAUAACAGUGAACAACUUUGUGAGGACCAGAGAAAUAUUUCAUACUCACUUUCCUGAGGGGCAGAUUGGAGAAAGCAUCUUUAUUUAUGAAAGGCACUAACCAAACACUCCUUCUAAAUCACACUGUUUGACAUUUUCUGGAUAAUAAAUAUUUUUAAGAUUUCAAAUGAUCAACUUUCAGAUGUGUCAAAUAUGUGUGUGUUGUCUCCAUUUUAGUGUUUUAUC